CCGGCGGCUAGCUUUACCCACCCCGCCGCGCGGCAGCCAUCCACAGCCACCCACCUGGCCGCUACACGCCGCUCUGCACACAUCACCCGUGCCGUCUCGCCUGCCCAGUCCACCUGCCCCGCCCACUUCCUCGAGCUAGCAGCGCGGCGCGCGGGUAGCAGAGCGACCGGGUGCGGGAGGGAUCGGCGGGGGUCAUGGAGGAGAGCAGCGCGAGGGCGGCGGUGGUGCGGCGCCUGAUGGCGGCGAAGGCCGAGUCCGGGAAGAGCUUCUCGGACGUGGCGGCCGAGACGGGGCUCACCAACGUCUACGUCGCGCAGCUGCUGCGGCGCCAGGCGCAGCUCAAGCCGGACACGGCGCCCAAGCUCAGGGCGGCGCUGCCCGCGCUCACCGACGAGCUCGUCGACCUCAUGAUGCAGCCGCCAUUCCGGUCCUACCACCCCGACAUCGUCCACGAGCCCGCCAUAUACAGAUUGAAUGAAGCUGUCAUGCAUUUUGGAGAGAGCAUCAAGGAAAUCAUCAAUGAGGAGUUUGGUGAUGGAAUCAUGUCGGCCAUAGAUUUCUACUGUUCAGUUGACAAGGUCCAAGGUGCUGACGGCAAAGAUCGUGUGGUGGUCACAUUUGACGGGAAGUAUCUGCCUUACACUGAACAGAAAUCUGAACAUAUGAUGUCAAGGCCGGCCCGCAAGACAUCUUGAGACGGUUGGUGACAGGGAGAAAAAUUCUUUUACAACAUGGAGCCACCAUGUAGCAAUUUGGGUUUGGAAAGGGUCAAGCGUGCCUGUUUAUUUUUUUCCUCCAAAUAAUCAACGAAAGCCUGGUUUCACCCUUGUUAGCUUUGCAGGUACGCCGAUAAUAAAGAAUAAACAAACACAUGAUUGCUGGACUGCAUUUGAUGAUGCCAGAAUUUAAAAUAAAUAAAUAAGAAUUUCUUUAUGUCUGUA